ACGGAUCGAGCGCACCCAGAUAGUAAGAGCCGAUAAUAAAGGAGGUUUGGCGCGGGUGGUGCAGGAGCCACUGACCACAGAGGAGAGCCCCAAGCCGGCUGCUUGUUACUGCGGGCUCCUGGAGAAACACCCAAGAGGCUGGAAGACAUUUUUAUAUCCACACACAGAGACUCGGAGCGGCGUCAUUAGACUCCCCCUCCCUCUAUAGUCAGUCGUGUCUCGAGGCUUGCCCCGCGCAGGCACACGGAUAUCUGCUGAAAAAUGCCUCCUGUGGAUCAUGACACCGGGAAGAACGAGCUCAAGUCUCGGAUACAGCAGCUCAUCGCUAUCAACCAAGUGAUGGUGUUCAGUAAAAGCUACUGUCCGUUCUGCAUCAAGGUGAAAGAUCUGUUCAAGGAGCUGAAAGUGGAGUGUAACGUGGUGGAGCUGGACCUAUUAGAGGAUGGAACCAGCUACCAGGAGAUGCUGCUUGAGAUGACUGGACAGAAAACUGUUCCUAACGUCUUCAUCAACAAGACACACCUCGGAGGCUGUGACAAAACAAUGCAGGCUUACAAAGAUGGCAGCCUGCAGCAGCUCCUGAGUGGUGAAAAUGAAUCCUAUGACUAUGACCUGAUAGUCAUCGGAGGAGGAUCUGGAGGCCUGGCCUGCUCAAAGGAAGCUGCUUUAUUGGGGAAGAAGGUCAUGGUGCUGGACUAUGUUGUGCCCACACCUAAAGGAACCACCUGGGGUCUUGGUGGAACUUGUGUGAACGUGGGCUGCAUUCCCAAGAAGCUGAUGCACCAGACGGCCAUGUUGGGUACUGCCAUGCAGGACGCACGCAAGUUUGGCUGGGAGUUUGACGAGAAAGUGAAACACAACUGGGAGACGAUGAGGACGGCGGUGAACAACUACAUUGGCUCGUUGAACUGGGGCUACAGGGUGGCACUAAGAGACAAGAAUGUCAACUAUGUCAAUGCCUAUGCAGAGUUCACUGAACCACACAAAAUCAAGGCGUUAAACAAACGAGGGAAGGAGACAUUUUAUACCGCAGCAAAUUUUAUCCUAGCUACAGGUGAGAGGCCGCGCUAUCUGGGCGUCCCUGGAGACAAGGAGUACUGCAUCACCAGCGAUGACCUCUUCUCGUUGCCUUACUGCCCGGGAAAGACUUUGGUUAUUGGGGCGUCCUACGUGGCUCUGGAGUGCGGUGGUUUCCUAGCCGGCCUGGGCAUUGACGUUACCAUCAUGGUGCGGUCCAUUCUGCUUAGGGGCUUUGACCAGGAAAUGGCCAACCGUGCUGGAGAGCACAUGGAGGAACAUGGUGUAAAGUUCCUCCGUAAAUAUGUCCCUGUGAAGAUAGAGGAGCUGGAAGCAGGCACUCCUGGCAGGCUGAAGGUGACAGCUAAGUCCACAGAAAGCGACGAGAUCAUCGAGGAAGAGUUUAACACCGUGCUGGUAGCAGUGGGCCGAGACGCAUGCACAGACAAGCUUGGACUGGACAAAACAGGGGUCACAGUCAACCCAAAGAAUGGAAAAAUUCCAGUGAACGAUGAAGAGCAGACCAAUGUGCCCCAUAUCUACGCCAUCGGAGACAUUCUGGAGGGCAAGUGGGAGCUGACGCCUGUCGCCAUCCAGGCUGGCAGGCUGUUAGCACGACGCCUCUAUGGGGGAGCAACGCUCAAGUGUGACUACAUCAACGUUCCCACGACUGUUUUCACUCCACUGGAGUACGGCUCCUGCGGUCUGUCAGAGGACAGAGCCACUGAGCUCUACGGGCUAGACAACAUUGAGGUGUACCACAGUCUGUUCUGGCCUCUGGAGUUUACUGUGCCUGGCAGAGACAACAACAGAUGCUACGCCAAGAUCAUCUGCAAUAAACUUGACAAUGAUCGAGUCAUUGGGUUCCACUACCUGGGCCCCAACGCAGGAGAGGUGACGCAGGGUUUCGGUACAGCCAUGAAAUGUAGAGUCACCAAGGAGCAGCUGGACGGCACCAUUGGCAUUCACCCGACCUGUGCUGAGAUCUUUACCACCAUGGAAGUGACCAAGAGCUCCGGUGGAGACAUCGCCCAGUCUGGCUGCUGAGGUUAAACCCUGCUUGUUUAGCGGGCUGCUCUCACGUUACACUCCCUCUCUACAUCAACAGUAAAGCUCAGCCUCACCUCACACUGCUCACUUUACAGGGCAGUUGUGUCUCAGGACAAGGCUCACACCACAGCCAGCGUCUGAAUCAUUUUGGUUCACUAAUGAGCUGAGAGGUGGCUGAAAGAAUCCCGAGCUGAGACUGAGCGAGUCUCCAGCUCUGAGGAAGUUUAAUGUGAGGGCAGCCUGCUGAACAGCGGGGUUACUCUGCUGAUCUACUGGGCUUCACCAGUGUGAUGUUCUCAGAGGAGCUCCAACACACACACACCCUUCGAGUGUGAGUGUUUGGGCUGUUUUUGACGUCCUGGCCUGUAACCUCAAAUGAUGAGGUGGGCGAGGAUCGAUGUCCCUCUGCAGAAGCACCUGAUGGUCCCGAACCCUUCGUCCAACCCCAAUUUAAAACACUUGUCAUUCACUCCCCAGUUUACAGCCGGUGCGAAGGCUGAAUUAGACUUCAGUUGAACAGAUUGAAACGCGCAUACACAGGGUUUGAAUGGCUGCACGGCUCUGAACUCUGCUGCAGCGUAAUUAUUUCAUCUGGUGUGUGUGUGUAUAUUUGUCGACUAAAUGUUGAGCCUUCAUCAUUCAACACAUUCCUCUUAUUGGAUCUUUAUAUAAUAUAAAGGUCUGUACAUGUUGUUGUCAAUAUUUGUGUCUGGUGUGAGGAGGCACCAGGGUUUUUCUGCCGUGACGAGAACAUUUGUCUCUCCAAAGUGUUUAUUUAAAACAAGUCUGCACAGAGAAGAAGAGCCAGCAGGUGAACACCUCUCAAACCUCUGCUGUGCUGCAUCACAACACUUUCAGACACAAUCAAAUGGAAAAUAAAUGGAGUUGUACUGAAUGUGGUUUCAACAAAACAUUUUCUUAAAAUUUGUACUCUUAUUAAUUUAAUGCUUUGUUUGUUGCAUCUUGCUGUUUGCCUCUGCCUUAUGUUUAUGUAAACGAUAUAUUCAGUCUUCUAGAGGACAGUACUCAGAGUGCUCUCAGUGAGUUGGUCAUUGAUAUAAACGACUUGUUCGUUGGUGUCAAACCACUGUAGAUUAUGUCUCUCUUAAGAUUUAAUAAAGGAAGAUUUAACCUUCA